GCGGCAGCAGGUGGGAGCGGGGCUGUUGAUAUCAAUAUGGCGGUUGUCAGCCAGACAAAGACAGUCAGUCUGAUGUGAUUGAGACAAGGGAGGUUUUCAGGGGGAGACUGGGAGAUAGGGGCCUCCCCUCCCCCUUCCCCUCCUCCCACGCCGGCCUCCACCCCCUUCCCCAGCCCCCCUCUCGCCCAAGACCCCGUGCGGAAGACACCCCUCCCCCCUACCUCAGCCCUUCUUCUUGGGACGUUGGGGAGGGGGUUGUCCGCGAGGCGGAGAGAGAGAGAACUCAGCCAGGCUCCUGAGCAGAAUGGUAAUUAACGCUGACAGAUUUCAAGAAGCAUUUUGACUUCCCCUCCUCAUGUAAAGUAUGCUCAGUUCCUUUCCAGUGGUGAAAACUUGGGAGAAUUGGGACCUUCUUUGACAUUGACAUUUAAGAAUGGAAUUUAAAUAUGUUUCAGGUAUAUGUGAACUUUUGCAUAUGACAGCAAGAAGAAAGUUUGCUGGAAACCAUGUCUCACUACACAGAUGAACCCAGAUUUACUAUAGAGCAAAUAGACCUCCUUCAGCGCCUUCGACGUACUGGAAUGACCAAACAUGAAAUUCUCCAUGCUUUGGAAACUUUGGAUCGUCUCGAUCAAGAGCAUAAUGACAAAUUUGGGAGAAGGCCCAGCUAUGGAGGUGGUUCCUAUGGAAAUAGUACCAACAAUGUCCCAGCAUCUUCCUCUACAGCUACUGCUUCCACACAGACCCAGCAUUCGGGAAUGUCCCCAUCACCCAGCAACAGUUAUGAUACUUCCCCACAACCUUGUACUACCAAUCAAAAUGGUAGGGAAAGUAAUGAAAGGUUGUCCACUUCAAAUGGAAAGAUGUCUCCUACUCGUUAUCAUGCAAACAGCAUGGGUCAGAGAUCAUACAGUUUUGAAGCCUCAGAAGAGGACCUAGAUGUAGAUGAUAAAGUGGAGGAAUUAAUGAGGCGGGACAGUAGUGUGAUAAAAGAGGAAAUCAAAGCUUUUCUUGCCAAUCGGAGGAUUUCCCAAGCAGUUGUUGCACAGGUAACAGGUAUCAGUCAGAGCCGGAUUUCCCAUUGGCUGUUGCAGCAGGGAUCAGACUUGAGUGAACAGAAGAAAAGGGCAUUUUAUCGAUGGUAUCAGCUUGAGAAGACAAACCCUGGUGCUACUCUAAGUAUGAGACCUGCUCCCAUUCCAGUAGAAGACCCAGAAUGGAGACAGACACCUCCCCCGGUCACUGCAACAUCUGGCACCUUCAGACUAAGGCGUGGUAGCCGAUUUACUUGGAGAAAAGAGUGCCUGGCUGUCAUGGAAAGUUACUUCAAUGAAAAUCAGUAUCCUGAUGAGGCAAAGAGAGAAGAAAUUGCCAAUGCUUGCAAUGCUGUUAUACAGAAGCCAGGCAAAAAACUGUCUGACCUGGAACGAGUUACUUCCCUAAAAGUCUACAAUUGGUUUGCCAACAGAAGGAAGGAGAUCAAGAGAAGAGCCAAUAUCGAAGCAGCAAUCCUGGAGAGUCAUGGGAUAGAUGUACAGAGUCCAGGAGGCCAUUCCAACAGUGAUGAUGUAGAUGGAAAUGACUACUCAGAGCAGGACACUUGGCAAGUACGCAAUGGGGAGGAGGAGGAGGGACGAAGUUCUGAGGGAGGCAGAGAAGCAGAGAAGGAUGACAGCACUAGCCAUAGUGACCACCAAGACCCCAUCUCGCUAGCUGUGGAAAUGGCAGCAGUCAACCAUACCAUAUUGGCCCUGGCCCGGCAAGGAGCCAGUGAGAUCAAGACAGAGGCCCUGGAUGAUGACUGACUGACUGAUAGAGGGAGGGUCGAACUCAAGAAGUUAACUUAGUUUUAGACGUAGCACCUUAGCAGACUUUCCUCGGUCCUUAAUAUGUGUUCUUACAGUAUAACUUUGCAGUUUCUUGUAUGUCAGUUAGCUGUUAGGGUCUUGUUCUGUGAAGAUGGCAUGGUGCCCUCAGCCUUUGCAUAUACUCUCUCAGUAUUAAUUCCCAGUAACUAAUAACCAAUCAAUCAACCAACCAAACUUCCCUCUCCUAGCCCCUGUGGCUCGAAAAUCUUGCUGCUCUGUUCUGUCUUAGCAUUCCAAGAAAGUGCUUCCAGGUAUUUUAGAUAGGCCUUGAUUUUCAAAUAUUAGACUACAUGUAAAAUCUCGGAUAACCUUAGAUAUCAUGUCACACUAGUCUAUCUACCCUUCUUUCCUUCUCUAAGACUGAAAGGAUGCAAACUGAGGUAGUGUGGCACAGGAUUGACAGACACCAUUUGGGAGUAUCCGCAAAGAGUAAAAAGAACACUACAAUCCCCACCUCCGUGUGAGAAUAAUGGAUUUCCAGCUGCAAUAAGCCGUGCCUCAUUAUAGUCACACUGUGGCUAGAUUAUACUUCUCUGGGUGCUGUGCUAAGAAUGUCAAUGGGAAAAUAUAUUCGCAGAUUUUGGUUGAUGUUAACAUGCCCAACACAGACAUCUUCUCCUAUCACAAGCUGUGUGACUUAGUGGAUAAAAUACUGCCUUCUGCCUUUGGGACCAUGUUAAAAGCCCAGCCUGAGAGCAUUGGGGGAAAUGAGCUGACUAUCUAAUGGAGGCUAAGUUUACUUCUUAGAACCACUAUACAUUAUGGGCACAGCUACUAGUGCCUGACCGGAAAAGAUCCAGGAUUCACCAUCAAAGUUGCAUUACCCUUCCCUUGCCACCAAAAAGAAAAAAAAAUUUUAAAAACAAAAGCUCUCAAGGAAUGGAUUAAGGUCACGAGUGAAUGGGCUUAUAACUUUGUCUUUGUAAUUCUUGCCUGCAAUCUACAAAGUAAGAUGAUUUGAUAGAAGACUUUGCUACAACAGUUAUAUGGGGUCUCAUAAAUGCAAAUACUCACUUAAAUAUGAGUAGGAAAAAGGCAGGGGAUCAUUUGCCACUUACAUUGUAGGAGAUAUAAUGGGAUGUGACUGCUUUGGUGUUCUUCUUUACUCUGUCCUUGUAAAGGUAUGAGAAAGUUAUACUGCCACAGGCAAUUUAAUUAAUAAUUGGAAGCCAUAUUGAUAAUGGAUGUGGUAAUAUUUGUAAAGUUUAAUCUACUUUAAGCAGCAGUAACUAAUGGAAUUUUUUUCCUUGAUCACAUAUGUAGCACUUUUGUUACUUUUUAAAGAUAUUUAUAUUUGAUAAAUCCUUUUUUCGUUUUGAGAAUUCAAAAUACCAAACAGUGAACUUGCAUUAUCGAGUCACCCUGCAAUCACCUUGUCAUCUAAUAGUAAAAUGAUGAACUAUCCAUGCAUCGAAGAAAAUUACAUCUGCUGGCAUUGUCUGAAAAUGAUCUCCUGGCGUCCCGAUUAAAUGACAUCGUGUCAUAGCCGGUAAGAGAAAGCAGCAGAGGAUGUGCCUGAAGUAGGCACAAGUGCUGUACAUUUUCUGCCUCAUUCCACCUUUUCUGUCCAUAUACAAUGAAACCUUGUUUAAUGGGGAAUAAGAGACUAGCUGUUAAGCAGGGCUUCUAGAUCUUUUGUUCUUCACAUGAACUAUUUCCAAUAGGGAAUGAAGGUGCCAUUUCUUCUCUUUUUUUCUCUGCCCCUCCCCCUUCUGACACAAAUGUCUUGAACUUCAAACCAUUGCUAGAGAGACAGAACUCCCUUAUUUUCUCCUUCUCUUUUUCCUUUUGAGUGGAGUUCUCGAGCAUCAUCAAGUUUUUAAGAUCCACACUAACCAAAUCAUCUCUUCAUCUGCCAGUCUUGCUAGCUGAGUGUGAGUAAGAGUCAGCACUUUCAGAAGACAUGCAGUUCACAUCUAUCUGUGGUUUUGAAGAGCUCUAUUUCAGGGGGAAAAUUUAUAUAUGCUUUUCACAGAUGUGGACAACAGAAAUAAAGCAAAACUGUUUCCCUCUUUUGAUUUAUAUUACUUGAAAAGACAAAUUUGAGUAGCAUGACUUAUGCUCAGGAAUUAAAUCAUUUGAUCCCACCACCAGUUUUCCUUCCUAGUUUGUAAGUCUCUUUUCAGGGAGAGUUUUUGUUCUCCCCUCUUUUCAUUUUUCACUGAAGAAAUAUAACAAAUUGUAGCUUUUUUAUUUAGGGUAGAAUGUUUUAUAUGCUUAUUCUCCAUUUGAGUCAGAGAGAAAAGGACAGAGAAGACACUCUCUGACAAGCAACAUCUCUGAUUUAUUGUAAGGAGAUUAUGAUAAUUGAUAGCUUCUUUAUGUUGGGGCUGUACUAUCAUUUGUUCUUCCUCUUUCUUUUCAUGGAACAGACUAAAACUGUUAAAGACAGCUGCAGUUUCUAAAGAAAUACACUGGUUGCCAUAGCUUAUCAGAAAGGUUGCAUUGUUUUAAAGAAUGAAGGAGAAAGAAUCCUUCAGAGAAUAAAGGGGAGUUUAGGAUGUCUCAGAAGUGCAACACCAAUUCUCUCUACCUCUGGCAGCAUGCUGGAAUCAAGGAAAAAUUUCCAUUUAGGAUAGAUAACUAACAAAGGUCAUCCUGUGCUCCUGUGGAAGAGUGCUACAAAAGGGGAGGCUCAAACCACAGACUUUUAAAACCCUUGGAGCUGGAAGGAGACCUUAGAAAUUAUUGAGACCAACUCUGAUUUUAUCCAUGAGGACAUAGAUGCCCAGAGAGAAAGAGAGAGAGAGGUGACACCCACAAUCAGGCAGGCAUUAAGUAGAGCCAGGACUUGAAGCCAGUCCUCCAGACUCUAGAACCAAUGUUCUUCUCACCACAUCAUGCUGCCACCUCUCCUUCUUACUGAAAAAAAGGAAGAGGAUGUUAACUAAAGAAACACUGAAACAAAUUAACAAUGCCAGCCUUUCUUAGCUGUCACAUUUCCACCUGAAUUAGAGAUUUCCUUUGUAUCUAGAUUCAUCCUUAAUCUAGAUUCUCUGUUUGCCAUAAAUUUGAAUUCUGCUUUCUUAUCCAAGCUACUGUAGAUAUCUCCAGUGAGGUUCUUAGUUAGAUUUGACUUCUAAUACUCUGGAUUGUGGACUUGGGGGCUGUACUCCUCCCACCUCCCAGGGUUUUGAAAGCCAUCAGAAAUUUUGUUCAGACCUUAAACUUUGUUAUUCCUAAGGGGGUUAUUCAAGCAAUCACAUUGCUUUAAGAUUGUUUGUUUCAGCUCUUUGGGUAGCCAACUUCUUUUCCUUUUCUGGUCUACUGGCCUUUUCUCUCCAAACCACAUACUGUACUUCAGCCCCUACAGGAAGUUUUUAAGGUCUCUGCUCCUUUCUGCUAAUGGAAGAAGCCAAAAAUCCCUGGCUACAAUUUGUUUAUCUGCUCUUCUUUCAAGAAUUGUAGACUCACUGCAGAUGAGUAAGUUUCCGUGUUUUUGGCAACCUGUUGAGAACCUUGUAAAGAUCCUUCCUGACUAAAUUUCUAGCCACCUCUCAAAGGAGCAAUACUAAGCAUACACAUCUGAGACCCCAUGCUUUUAUUUGAAAAACACUUAUACAACCUAGCUUGCUUCAGUAUUACUUAUACCCAGGGAGAACUCCCGAGGAAAGUUUUAGUCUUCCAAUUCUAGAAACUUUCAACAGUUGUUAGAUUUCUUUGUUCUAUGUUGGGAAGAGGCAUGCCAUUUGAGCCACAGGAUCUGGACAAUUUCUAGUUACCUCAUGUCACAAAAUAGAUGCACUAUAGAAAGGUGAAAGGACAUUCUCUGGUAUACUCCCUGAAUGGUGAUAGUGAAAAUGAUCCCAGGUCCAGGUGUCUGGGACAAGGAAUAAGAAGGACCCAGGGCAAGCAGCAAAGGAAUCCCUUUCAACUUGUGUUUCACUUUAGUCCAAUACAGUUUAAUACUUAGAGUGAAAUAUGAAAUCCUCAAUGCAAGGGCAAUCUCACAGUAGUAGGUUUAUUGUGUUGGACUUUUGUGUCCAGCCCUUAAACUCUUCACUCAGCAUUGUGAAUUUGAAUUUAGCAUUAUCUUCCUUGUGGAUGAAAACUGUUUUAUGUAUUGGCUAAAAUAAUAAUAAUCACAGUAAUCUAAAGAUAUCUUUUGGUCCUCAUCUUAAGUACCUAGUGUCUUGAAAAGUCACUCAGGAAUAGCAAGCAUUUCUGAUGCUAUAGAAUUUGAAUGAGGAUUCUUUUUAAAUUUCAAAUGGUCUGUGUUUCAGUGUGGGGUAGUGGAGGUGUUCAUUAGGCUCAAGUAUAGAAAUCUGAUCUGAACAGCAUCAAGAGAUUCAUAUUGACAGGCAAUCUAUCAAUCAAUCAGUAAGCAUUGAUCCAUCUGUAUUGUGCCAAGAUAGCUUGAUGUAUUUUCACCUUGAAGGAAAAACAAAAGAUUUCAGCAAGAUUUUCAGCUUCCAAGUUUUGACAUUUGUCUUUGACAGGUUUUAGCGGCUCCCUCAGCAUACUCCAUCACACUAACCCUGGCAGGCAUUGAUAUGAAGCAGAAUUAGAGUCGGACUCAUAUUAUCCUGUCCCUUUUGUCCUUCCUGCUCCAGCGCUUAGCUCUGCCUCUAGUCCUAAUUGCCCUUUGGCUCUGUCUACCUAUAGACCGGGCCAAUGGGCAGAUACCUGUGCUGGUCCAUUCAUUGUCUGACUAUUCUCUCCUCAUUUUAUUCUCUAGUAUCAUCAUACUCUUUUAAGCCUCAUUCCUCCAACCAGAGAAAUGUCUCUCUUCACAAAUGAUCUUCUCCCCUCCCCCCCCAAAAAAAACCAAACCAUUAACACUGAUUUCCAGGUUCUCUUCUUGUUUGGUUAGAAGAGCUUUUCAUAUUUCACAAACUGCCAUGCCCUUAAACUGCUUUCCUGUUUUUUUCAGAGGACACAUUUAGCUUUCUUUUCACUCCUCUAGAUGUGUCUCUCUGUCUCUUGUCUUUCCCUUUCGCAACAAGUCUCAACAAACUCUUAGGCAAUAAUUUUUACUUGUUGGUUCUGCUUUCCGUGGCAAAGUUGUCCUUGGCAGGUCCUGAUCUUGUAUGUUGUCGUUGGUUGUAUGUCUUGGGCUCUGCAUGUGAACCAGAUACCGUGUCAGAGCAUGGUGGGUUUUGUGUCAUUUGGGAUUAUUUUUGUUUGUAAUUGUUAAUAUUUGACUACUAUCUUCAAUGGGGCUGAAGUAAGACCAGCCAAAUCCAUAUAUAGCUUUACUGAGCCGGAUUUGUUUGUCAGGUUUUCCCAGAAGUUUGAUGCAUUGACCAGCUCCUACUGUGUAGUUUAUGGCAUUUAAAGCAGGGGCCUGGCUGGGAAUUGCACAUGGAAAGCAUUCCUUUUUAUGCUCCUUAAUUGCAAGGUUGUUUACUCAGGAUUUGGGGAUCAGUUGUCCGCCAAAGAGAAUUUGGCAAACUGAGCUGCACGAUCCGAAACCCCUUUCUCAGUUUUUCUAUCGUUUGAUUUACAGUAUCUAGUAAUGCCUGAUUUAUCCCACUUAAAGGUAUUGUGCACUAAUGAGAAUGGAAGGUCUUCCAGAGGAGGCAUCUAUGAAUGGCAAUAAUCCCUCAAUUUGACAGUUGCUUUCAGGUGGGGAGCAUCCUUGUUCAGCCACGAGUCCUUCCUUUUUUAUUAUAAUGUCUUAUGUUUCAUAAACAUACAACAGUCAUUACUCAUCCUUUAGCUCAAUAAGGGAUGACUAACAUUUAAGAAGAAGGAUUUCCUUAGGUUGUUGUUUUUUUUUUUUUUUGUUUUUUUUUUAAAUACAGUUUAUAACUAGAGCAUUAGAGAGGCCUUAUUGAGAUUGUGGAAUAAAAUCAACAAGUACACUUUCAAUGUAUUAACCUCUUGAUUCUUUUUUUUUUUUUUGAGCAAUGAAGAGAAUGAAGUGUGAAGGCUCACGAUCUAAGAAAUCAGCUUCUUGUGAUCUGGCUUGUUUUUUCUCCUUUAUCCUACAAAUAUAGUAAAGUUUCAAGGGAGACUAUACAUGUAUGCAAGUGUUUUAUGCUUUUAAUUUUUCUUAUCCAAAUAUUCAGUAGGCAUAAUAGAAAUGGGACAAAGAUAUGUGUUUGCAGCCCUAUGCAUCUUUUCUCUUCUGUUCUAAGUGCCACUCCAUAUAACUGUGGUCAACUAAGAAGCUAAAUUAAAUAUAAUUUAUUCUCUUAAGCUUCCUUCUUUCUCUAAUAAAAUUUGAGAAACAUUUGUAGAGGGGAAACCCUGUAUUUUUCCCAUCUCCUUUUUAUGACAAGAUCUUUGAUUUAUUUAAAACAACUUGAAAGGUAACUGGAGGCUGAUGCAGUGACCUCCUAUCUAUUUUCUGGUGAUCAUGGUGCCAAUUAGAUGAUAAAAAUGGAUGGAAGAGUGCUGGCCAGAAGUGUAAAAUUAUUUUGAUUGUAUGUGUGUACACGUGUGUGCGUGGAUGUGUGUGUACAUGUAUGCCACCAAGAUUGUUCUUACAUCUUGGAGUACACUCUCCUUUUUUAAAAUUUUCAUUUUCUUGCCCUUUUCAAAAUAAUAGCGGAUGGAUGAUGCCCUAAUUUAUUCUUCAGUUCAUAUUGAUGUGUGAUCAGAAGAAAGUUUGACCAAGUCUUUUCAAACUGUAACCAUGGUAAUUGGUUGGGUAGAAGGAAUACAUAAAAAUACGAUAAUUGUUAUGAAUAACUGGGUGUCCUUUUGACAUGUAAUUAGCUGUUUUAGCAAGAUGUAGAUUGGCAUGGUCAUAAUUAAAAGGAUUUCUGUCCUUUGUGGGACUGAAAAUAGCAGAUUUCUCAUUCCCUACUUCUGUUUUAGUGCCAAUGUUCUCAGGAACACUUAGAAUAGCAAUUCGGUCAACUCAAAUAAUGACAUGGUAUGCAUGUUACUCUUUGUUUAAAAGAGGAGGAUUUCAUUUUCAUUUUCCUUCAGCCAAAAUGAGUAUCUUUGCUUUAUAAUUCCCGAUUCACCUCUUAGGAUUAUUUGCAAAUUAUUCGUUUUUUAAUUUCAACUCUAGUCACUUCAUAAUUGUUUGUUAAUUAUAUAUCAUAACUAUAUAUACAUAUAUAUAUAUAUUAAUUAUAACUUGAAUAAGCAGAAUCCAUAGCCGGACCCCUAGAUAAAUCACUAGUAGGCAGCCACAGCCACACAUAAGACCUUACCAGUUACUUUUUGCUGGGGCCUUAUGUUUAUUUGGCAUAAAGUAGUUUCCAUCUUGAUAAAAAUCCCAGUUUCAGAACUUCUAAAUUAUGCUCCAAGGCCAGCUAAUUUUAUAUUUGUCAUCAUCAAAUAUUAUUUAUUAACAAUUGACUCAUUCAUUAAAUAAAAUAUCUCUUCUAAGAGACGUAAAUCACAUAUACAACUUAAGUCAUGUAGAGCCACUCUACAGAUUUUAAUGUAAGUUACAUAAAAAUGUUUUAUUAGUUAGCAUACAGAAGGAAUACAAUUUGUUUCUCUUUUUGAAUAGAAUAAAUUUCUGAUGUCUAAUUGUGGGUCCUUAACUUUUUAUAUUUGAAUCUUCCUUUCCUACAGAAGAAAUUUUCAACCUUCUUUUUCUAUUUCAGGAUACCACUUCUUUUCUUUUCUUAAAAGUAUUACCUGGAAUUAAUGUAUCACAACCUUUGAAAGCCACAGUGUUCACCAUACUUUUUGCUAAAUCUUAGAUUAGAAUCAGGGGUAAUGGCCUUGUGCUAGGAAAGGUACAAAAAUAACCUCUGAGCCAUCCCUUGUCCAUCAGAUUUUCAUUAAAGUAUCUUUUGACACUAUUAGUAAAGUAUCCUCUCCCAAAUAAUUGGUUUCUCUAUUCUUAUAGUAUUGGUUUGCCAGUUGCUUUAAAAUGCCUUUAUCCGAUGAAGUUUAGCACCCCUUGAUGAUGCCAGAAUCUACCAGAAACCUCUAUCUCUGACAAGACCGAACAGCCAUGGGCAAAAGAGUGAAGCUAGACCCUUCUCUGCCAGUCUCAGAUAUCUAGUCUGUACAUGUUCUCUUUACACCUCCUCCAAAACCCACUUUGAAAUCCUAUCCUUUUCCUGAAAUAGAAAUGUUGGCUAAUAACUUACAGAGUAUUGUCCUCCCAAGGAUCUUUGCAUUUUGGCUUUGCUCUAAGGCUUGAAGGAAUAAACUUCUACCUCGAGAGGAUUUGGGUGAUGACAAGGUACUGAUGAGGGGCCAGUUUAAGGGUCUUCUCUAUGCCUCCAAGGUCCCAUUUAAUUUUCAUAAAGGCUUAUAUUCAAUCUUUGUUUAGAAAGUGACUGGUUGAUUCCAAUAUAUUUUUUAUGAUUUUAUUGAGUAGAUAAGACCUUAUAUACUUUACCUCUGAUGGCCAAACAGUUACUGUGCCAGCUCUUAGAGAAAAUAAAACAUCCUCAGCUAUGAUGGAUCUUGUUGCUUCCUCUUUAACAAACUUUUCUUUCUCAUUACAUUAGAGAGGAAAUAUUCUCAUUUAGCCUAAAAAUCUCUGGAUGAAAUUCUAAUUUAUGGGAAUAUUGAGGUUUAAAGUAAAAUUAUAUGGAGGCUGUUAUUCAUUUGCUUGUUCAGCCUAACCAUAUUCUUAGAACACUAAUCAGAUAUAAUAGUUUGGAUGGGUCAGACUAUACAUUCCCUUAGAGGCUUCUUACAUGAAGCUCCCAUAUUUUAAAGAGUUGGAUAGCAUCUGUUUUGAGACAUAUCUAUAAUCUUUGGGGCUUUUGUUUUAUUUUUUUCCAAAGAAACAUGAGGAACUUGUGCUCAGAAUCGUUCAUCUCUUUCUGACAUUUGGAGUCAGCAUGGUUUUAUGACCACUAAGAGGAGGCAUUGUUUUCUAGUUUUUCCCAGAUUUGGAGAGAGAAGCAAGUAUUUAAGUAUCUCCAUUAGCAUUUAGAGCAUGUCAAAAGAUUAGGUUUUCUGAAAUCUGAACCAAGGAGAAUAAUUCUAUGAUUUGUGAGACAACCCUGAUUAUCUCUUUAGUGUUCAAAGGAAAUAGAAUUGGUACUACAGUUAAAACCUUCCAAUGUGAUCUGAUACUCUAGUGAUUAUAAGUAAAGAUGUGCUUAAUUAAAGGAAUGUAACACACAAGAAAGGACUUGAGCUGGAAAUGAGUUACUUCUUCAUUCCUCUAUUUUAAUGUUCUUAAGAUUUUCCAUAUGCCACAUUAGUGAUAUCUAAAUCUUUGCCACAUAUUCCUGUUGACAUUCCUUUCCCCACUCCCCAAGAUAUCAGAAUUAGGGCAAAAACUGGCAUUAUAUCCCAAGAAGAUUUUUUUUAAAAUAUAAAAUCAUGAAGAAUGAACAGAUCAACAUUCUUUGUAGCAACUGGCUUCCAUUGACAUUCUAAUGAUUUUUAGUCCCAAACAUAAAAUUUUGAUUCUUGGUUCUUCCUAGUUAGAGCUAGUAAGUAAAAUUAUUUAUUCCUUUCUCACUAAAAGUUUCCUUAAACUUGCUUACCUUUUAUUUGUAUUAUAUGUACCCUUGUUUGUAUUACACAUACCUUUUUAUUCUCAUUCUUGUAGGUUAGUGAGUAAAAAGUCACAGUAAAGUAAUUCUUGCUCAACAUAAUAAUAAAAAAAAAACUAUUGAACAAUUAGAGCAAUAUUAGAAUGAGAUGACUUAGAAGUGUCAUUUGACAUGUUCAGGUGUGACUUGAUCAUCUAUCAGGGAAGUUUUAGAAGGAUUUACAUACUAGUUCAAAGGUUGUACUAAUUUACCUCUAAGUCUUAAUUAUGAAUUAUCUAAUUUUGUGAUGGUACAUGAAUAUUUCUUGCCAUCUCCCUUCUCCCUGAUGGAUUUCCUUCCCUCUCAGGAACAUAAGUACUUAGUUUUUAGCUAGCUAGUUUGUGAUCCUUUUAACUGUCUUUCUCUCCAAGUCAGUUAAAUCUUAAUUCCUUUUUUGAAUUCCAAGAAAUUGAAUACCCUUUGAGGAGCUUUUGCGUUGACUGAUGGAAACCGUCAACUAACUGUUUGCAGUGUUGGGAAUAGUUCCUGACUGGAUCCAGUGCUAAGUAGAGGGACAGGUGUAGAGAUGUCCCAAAACACUUAAUAGAUCAUUCUUACCAUUAGUGGUAUUUGGACAGUUUUCUCACUAAAAAACCCAAACUACAAAUAAUGAAAAUAAAUCCUCUUUCAUUUUCUACAUAGAGCCCCAUUCCUUGAACAGUCUAAGGUAGCAAGGAAUUUCAAGAGAGAGAAAUUCUCUCCUUUCUUCCAUUUACACACCUUCAUCAAGAAGUUACAAAUGGAUUCCAUAAAAAGACAUUUAAAAGAGAUGACAACCCCAGCCCAUUUAAUUUUUUGCUUUAUAACUGCUUCAAUUCCCAAUCAGCUCUCUCCAGGUCAUAUCAUAAAUUGUAGUGAUCUUGUGACUUCCUUGAAUCACUAAAACACUUUACUUUUUCUUUGAGGAUCUAGAGCCCACUAGGAACUAGGGAGGGCCAUUUUUCCACUUUAUCAUCACUUAUGCUAUUAGCCCGAACAACAAGACUAGACCAAUGCUUUAUUCAUGUAAACAAUAGCUGUUUGACAUUACAUUGAACUUUUUUGUUCAUAUACCAGAUUAAGUGGGGAUGGGAGGAGAACGUGUGUGUGUGUGUGUGUGUGUGUGUGUGUGUGCGCGCACGUGCAUGUGCGCGCACAAGAAAGAGAUAGACAGCAUACUGCUUUUUGUACUUCCAAAUAAGCAGCACCAUUUGGUCAGGAAACCUGGAUUUUAGUGUGCUAGUAUCAGCAAACUCAUGUAUUGCUUCUUUGUGCUACUAGUAAUGCACAUUAGUGUACCAAAAAUAAUUUUCUUUCAGGAGAGUUGUAUUUUCAAAAUGUGGGAACUUUCUCAUGACUUUACUUCAGCACCAUAUUUACUUUUACUGGAUUGCAUGAAAGGUCAUUUUCUUUGCUAAUGAUGCCCCAUGUUAUCCCAUUUUACACCCCUGAUUCUCAUGAAUGAUUCUUCUAGUGUUCCAGAUUGGAUCGUUCCUAAUUCCACUCUUGAGCCCAUCCUGCUUCUUAAUGCAGUUCCCAUUAUGGCUAGAAGUAAGCUACCUAAAAAAAGACCCAGUGAGAAUCAUCAAUUAUGAAAGAGUUCUGGACCUAUCACCUGAGUCAAUAGAGUAUUUUUCUCUUCUGGGUCUCUGAGGCAUGCAAGAAAGCCAUUGGAGUUGGAAAUAUGCCUUCAUUGAAAGAUGCCAAGGACAUCAUAGUUGUCUCCCCUGGAAGAGCCCAUAGCCUUGUCUAAUUCCCCAUGGGCUCCCUGUCCUUUCCAUGAUCAUAACCAAGAUCAGUGUUCAGUACCUUUAAAGGAUAUAUUUUUUAUUUGUUGUUGGGUUUUUUUUUAAGUGCCUAAGCAAGUGACAUAACUCUGGAGCCCACCAGAGAAUCAGGCCUGACUCUCCCCUCUCCCCCUUGGCCCUUUCUCCUUCCCUGGCCCAUGCACAGCCCUCCUGGGCAGGUGGAGGGAAAGUACCUCUCCACCCAAUGUCACUGGCGUUCUGCGGGCAGAACAACUUCAAGGUCUAGCCAGCAGGAGAAAAAACUUCAUUGCUUCUUGAUGCUGGCUUUGUUUGUCGUUGUUUGGCUGUUUCUUUCAUUCAUGUGGUCAUGGUCUUGAUUCAUUGAGAACUUUUAAGGAGUCUUGUAUUGCUCAUUUAAAUCCCAAUAGCCCUCCAAUCAGGUAGAUUCAUACCGUCUCCAGAGCAGAGUGGAGUCUCUAUCUUUUGACAGCAGUCAGAACAGCGCUAAUCUAAGAGGAUAAAUUUCCAUGUAACUGUGAUGAUUAAACAUGAUUCAUUUAUAAUUGUUAGCUACUAGAAUCUUCACUGUCUUGUUUCAUCCUCUCUAUCUAGAUUUGAAGAAGAGAGUCAGAGUUUGGCUCCAUGUAAGAAAAAACUUGCCAACAACUGGAGUUAUCCAAAAGUAGGAUAAGCUAGCUCAGGAGGUAAUGAGUCCUCAAAGCUGAGUCUAGACAACCAUUUGGUGGGAAUAUUGUAGAGGGGAUUCCUGUUCAGGUACUGGUUGGGCUGAGUGCUCUUGGAGGUUCUUCCAGUGUCAAGGUUCUAUGGAUCGUGGUCCUCAAAAUACAGCCAUUGGCAGGGUCUUCACAUCAAAAUCACAUCUUCAAAAGGUGUGUGUAAAGUGUCUAAAAAGAUAUUUUAAAUUUGAUUUAAGUAAAGGGGCCUUUAUCACAUGGUGAACAUGACAGGUAUUUUUUGUGAUUGCACUUGAUUCAAAUCCUUUAAAAAUUUGUGUUUGUUUUUUAAAGCAAUGACUGUUGUCCAGGCACCAAUUUUCAUUACUUAGCAUUUCUGCUUUGACAGUGCGAUCACUUACAAACAUAGGACACCACCAAGUUGAUAAAUAAAGGCAAUAUGGCAGGGGGAAUUUCUGCUUUGGAUGGAAGGUCACCUGGCAGGCUGCUAAAGAAAUGAUGAAAGAGGAGAAAUAGCAUUGUGAUAAGAAAGACAAGGCCAUCCUUGGGCCCCUGAAGCCAGCCAGGAUGACUUGUCAGGGCCUUGUCGUCCGGUCUCCAGGUGCUAUUCUUAUCGGUUUUACUAAGUGGCUUGUCAGUUGUAACUGACGGUUGUAACUGACAAGACCUGGACAUUAGUGGGAAUGUGGGGAAUAAGGGAGAAAUGACAAGGAAAUGCCAUUAGAAGAAGGAAAAUCACUUAACUGGACUUGGACACUCCGUAAAGAGCAGAGGGGGAAGGGAAUUUUCGUUGCAGAAAGAUGUGCGGCUUUGUUUUAAUGUCUCAUAGUAGGGGUAGGAACUAGCUGGCACAGCAAAUUAGAAAAUGGAAAGCCAAUGUAAUGAUUGUAAUCAGAUGAGACACCGUAGGCCCAAUGACUGAGGAUCGAUUGCCUGAAAGUAUUUUGCAUUCACCAAAACAGUCUAGGAUGACCUGUGUUGGGUCAUUGCCAGAAGGGUCGAGGGGGAAAAAAUUCCCUCCUUCCCCCUGCCUUGGCCAUUUGUGUGUUUUCUGUCUUUGUGUUUCCAUUUGGGAGUCUCCUAGUCUUUGUUCUCCAUAUCUUGUACACCAUGUGUCCCUGAGGGCAAAUCACACCUGUGUCUGAGUCUGCUGUAAGGUGUUCAGUCUACCUCAAGGGGUCAACAUGGUAUGCUCUAGUCCACACAUACAAUCCUUUUUACAUUACCACACACACUGGAAUGUAUAUCUUCCCUACCCUGGUAUCUCCCCCUUUCCCUUAAAUAACCUCUUGACCUGAUCUUUCCUAUAACCACCACAAACUCCUAUUGCAAAUUGGAUGCUGCUUUAAAUGUGAAAACAAUUGUUCAAAAGCUAUAAAACCUGAAUGAAAGCUAAAGCUGAAUUUAUAAGCCUUGUUGCAUAUGAGCCAAAAGUGCAAAAAGCUCUAUAUAAUGAACUAACCUGCCACUCAUAUAAAUAUAAAUAUAUAUAAAUAUAUUAAAAUCAGACUGUUCUACAAAAUUGUGUAUUUGUAUUUUUGUGUACGUACAAUUUUCUGCUAAGCAGAAGGAGGAUGUAGUAUAGGAUGAUGUGAGAAGAGAUUUGGUUUAAUCAUAUUUCUUUGUUACUUAUUUUUGUUAACAUCCAGAUGCCUGUCUUCGUCUUCUAUGUGUAUGACACUGUUUUGAAAGCUGCAGUAUCUCUCCUCCUUAGGGCCAGAGGCCUUUACAGAAUGAAACUUGGGGUUUAGAGAGUUACUGAGGUCACAAAAACGAAGUCAGUGGCCCCCUUUGACCAAGCUCAGUUUCUGGAAGGUCCAUUUGUUGAACAAAAGUUGCUUAUGUAAUGUAUAAUUCCUCAUUGCAGAACUAGAAUGAGGACCCAACCAACUAGUCCCAGCCGCUUUGUGAUUGGCUAUGGACAAACUUGACCUAGAAUAAGCAGCACCUCAAAACGCCUCUGAAGCAGGAGUCUGUCAUACCGACCCCAAGAGAACAAAAGGGUCAUGAGCCUUUGCAACUCAUGUGGGCUGGGGCACCCGCCAGGCACGGGAGAUAGGACAUCACCCAUGCUCUGGAUCGGCAGCAGCAGGUCAGCCGCCAAAAGAAGGUGCCCCAGGCCCCUUGCUUGGGCACCCUGGUCUGCUAAGGGACCACAGUUUUCUUUGCAGAAUUUCACUUCCUUUUCCUAUCUGGAUACCAAAAAGACAACUCAGGCUGAGCAGGUGAUAUUAGUCAUCCUAAAAAACCGUGCUGCAAAUCUCUUGAAAUCUGGGGAGUAGAGAAAGGCACCAAAAGUUUCCCACACUAAAGUACAUGAGGUAGUUGAAAUGGCAGGAAGAACUACCAGAGAAAUCCAAAAGUCCAGGUUCAGAGCAAAGGCAGAUGCCACCAAAAGCCCCUCCCAGCCUUCAUUUGAAAGCAUGAAAGUGUCCUGCCACUCUGGGCCCGGAUACUCCCACCCCAGAGAAAAGGGGCCAGGCUAAUAAUCCCACUCCUCAAUUCCAUCCACACCAAAAAACUCCCCAGUGACCCCUGUAAGCGUUAAUCUGCUCUAGGGAGAGUGAUACUGCACCUUCACCUGUAGGACUCAUAUUUAUAACAAUGUGUAAUGACUGUAGCAAAAGCCCUUGUUUCUAGAUGUGAAUGAACAAGGAAACAAGUGCUCUAUUGUAUUGAUUAAAAUAGUUCCAAUGAGUCCUGUAUCAUUGUAUCUCCUAUUCUGGAUUAGUGCCUUUUGGACAGUAGACUGUUCUGUAAUUAAAAUGUAGUAUAUACUGCUUUUUUGUACAGUUUUGUUUUAAUAAAACUUUUUUUUAAUUUGU